AUGUUGAUGUUCUUACUGGCAUCUAUGAAUCUGUUCCAUUUUGUCGAGCUUGAACAGUUUGAUAGGGAAGUAGUACGGACUUUCUUGCGAAAGUUAGUUUUUUCCUAGUUUUCAUCAAUUUUCAAUUAGUGAUAACUGAAAAUUUCCAAACUAUUUUUUUUGUUUUUUACAGACAUAUUGAUCAAGAUAUCGAUCCUUGUGAAGACUUCUACGCGCACGUGUGUCAUGAAAACCUGCAUUUUGAUGACUUAAUCGACAAUCAACUGAGAGAGUUGUAUGAAGAACAAACCAAGAAACUUAGAAGUCCUUUCCUCGAUUUUUUGGUUUAUUUUUUGCUUCUUUCAAAUACAUCAUUUCUCAAUCGAGCAGGAUACUCACGCAGCGUCAUCCUACAAUCAUAAAGAGAUAGCAAACGACCUCCAAAAGAUGUUGGCUUUUUUUUUCAAAUCAAUCCUAUGAAAUUUUCAGCUGUGCCAUAGACGAAAAAGGGUUCGAAACAGCUUUGAAGGCAGCUCGAUAUAUCUCAGAAAUGGAUAAGCUCUUUGCGGUGAACAAUUCAUCCUGUGAAGCUAUGGCCAAACAGUUCCUCAAAGAACGCCUGAAAGGAAACUACAGAGACCACGUGAGUUCUUAUGGUGAAACAAAUAUUAUUCUUUUCAGUUUCGCCUAUUGAGGCCGAUUCUACAUGGCAUCGAGUUUGCCAAGUCCGAAUUAGCAAAAGAACUGGACAAAGAAUCUGAUGAAAUCUUCGAGAAGCUGAAAAAAACAAUAAGAGCCUACUUCAAUGUAGAUAAUGAAACUUAAAUCACACUCAAUAGACGUUACAGGUAACACCAUGGCUGAACAACAACAACGGCGUUACAAUUUACGAAAGAUAUCUUUGUGACAACAUAAGUUUAACAUUCAUUGACAACUCUACUGUUACAAUGUACGAUAAAAUGUUGAAUUCUAUCGAAAAAUCGACGGAAGAUUGUCGAGAAAGGUAUUAUUUAUGAAGAAAGUUUUUUGUUUGGUUGCUAGAGAUGAAGGACCUUUUUUUCUUUUUCAUUAUCACUGCUUUUGAAGAAUCCUGAUUCCUGAUUUCUUCUUGAUUUCUUUUUUUCGGAUUAUGGGAACUCGGAAAUUUGCCGCUAUCAACCCAAAAAUAGAAAAAAAGUUCUUACUAUUUAUGACUUUUUUUGUUGCUUUUUAAUAAGUAGAAAAAAAGAAAAUCAAGGAAUCUGAAUCUGUGAGUUCCGAAAAAUUUGAUUCAAUUCUCCGUCACCCUUCAUAUUCAAUUUUUCUUCAAAAAAAUAAAAUAUGGAAAAAUUUUUUUCCAGCAUGAACCUGGUACGGCCAUCUUACAUAUGUCUUCUGGCAGCCUUGUCCCAGUAUUUCAAGUGAGAUUCUGUAUUUCUUACAUUAAAAACCCUCCUAUUGUGAGAAAUUUGAAAAUAUUUUUUUCAAACAACGCUUCAGCAGGAAGAAAUAAUUCCAUUCACAUUUUUCAAAAAAAUGUUCAGAAAAAAAUUUAUAGAAAUUUCCAAUUGUAUUUAAUGAUAUUAGUUUUUUUGAGGUUUCAGUCAGUUUUUCAGCAUACUUGAUCAACACCAACUCGACAUUUUCACUGACGCAAGUGAUAAUGCUGCAAAUUUGAACGUGAAGGAGGUCUUCAAAAAUUCGAAAAAGAUGAAUUAUAGGAAAGCAUUGUCCUGCGACGGGGAGCCCAAAUGCACGGUCUCACAAAAAAUACUGCGCGAAAGGAAAGUCCUCAAACAAUGAAUUAUUUCUUAGUUUGUUUCAGUUUGGCGUGCUGGGAACCAUUGUGGCACAUGAAAUGAUGCAUUCUUUCUUUGUGGCAAAAAACGAAGAACCCAGCGAAUUGUCUUCUUAUUGGACCAAGUCUUCAGCUUGUGUUUCGAAACAAUACAAAAGAACAUGUCAAGAGUUUCUGAAGGUUUGAUUAUUCAUUCCGUUUUCAAAACCGCAGAGAAGAAUUUUCACAUUCCAAACGUUCACUGUAAAAUAUAAGUUAAGGAAAAGUGUCACAGUGGCAACACCCAAACUGAAGAAGAAGAUGGCGCAGACCUGGCUUCGAUCCGAAUUUCCUACGCCACUUAUAAAAUUCAACAUAUCCAAGAGGUUCGAAAGGAAAAUUGGGUCACCUUUGGCAAAUGCAAUAGUAAUUUUCAGAAAUCCGACAUUCCGGGAAUCACUGAAGAACAAAUGUUUUUCUACGCUAUGGCCUGUCGUAGAUGUCAAACAGUAAGAUGAUCCCGGAAAAAGUUCAAAUUCGACUGAAUUAAGAAAGAAGAUAGAUUUUCCGACGUGGAGAGUCGAGUUCAUUCGCCAGGAUAUGUGCGUAUAAAUGCGCUCAUGUCUCAAAUGCAAGAAUGGAAAAAAGCGUUCGGGUGUUCCGAAAAAUCGAGAAUGAUACGUUCCAAAGUAGUUUUUGGAUAAUUUUUCUAAUGAGAAGCGAAAUGGAUUUCAGGCCGAUCACUGUGAGCUCUACGGAGCCGGUGCUCCACUCACGCGGAAGAUUUUAGAAGACAAUCGUUGA